GCACGGUGGCUGUUGCGCACGCGCGGAGCAGACGAAAUCCGAAAACAAGUGAGGGUUUGUUUAUGAUCGCGAGCAUACUUCAGCGGUGGCGGUGGCAGAUGAUUAUCAUCCAACCUACGACACCACGAACUGUCUUAACGAUUUAGUUGGGAGAAGUUUCUGCCGCAGUAAGUAAUUUCUCAAGUUUUAAUGCUCUAUCCAGCCGCAAUUUGUUUUGCUCCAGACCGUGACCAGAACUACUCAAGAAGUUCCUUUACCUAUUCAGGCAAUGGAGGACCACAACCCAAUGGAGAGGGUUUUGCCCUGCAAUGCUACAGUAAGAGAGAAAUUUGCAGAGGAAACGUGUUGCCUCAUUUGUUUAACAGUAGUGAAAACAUACAAUCGCACCAAACAUAAGCAGACAGCUGCUCAUAAGUACUUGGCACGCUGUUUAAAAAGGGAAAUAUAUCCAUAUCCCUGUUUCAAAUGUGAAAUGAGAUUCUCAGCGAAGAGUGACUUGGUUCACCACUCAUUGGAACAUGAUCAAGAACUGGUUAUUGAUGAGAAUAAUCAGAUGUUCAGUCCAAUUUGUUGUUACUUGUGUAGACUCCCUUUCAAAAGUGAAGAAGAGCUAAGCUUACACUGUAGUACAUCUGUAGAACAUCAUGUCCGGAGAAAAAUGAUACUUGAAGUGGCCUUAAGAGAAUGCAUGGCCCUAGAAAUAUUGGACAACAAUGAAGCCAAAGUUGAACUUGAAGAAUCUACUUUGACGUCAAGUUGUGCUGUUUCUGAAGUACAAGAUCAGAGCACAAGUUUACUGAGUCCACCUGCAAAGUCAACUGGUCACAUGGGUCACUGCUCUAUCUGUUCUGUUGCUGUUCCAGUAAGUAAUAUGACUCAGCAUAUAGGAGGAAAAAGGCACAGGGAAAAUUAUGAAGCACUGCUUGUUAAUGACAUCAAAAGCACAUGUUCCAGUGCUUCUGGUGAAAUUUUAGGCUGUUAUCAGGAGAGUGGUGAAUUACUGUGCAGUAAAAGUGCUCCUUUUAAAACAGUGACUGGGGCAGAAAUAUUGGCCACUGAAGAAACAGAGAAGUUUAAAGAUUACAAUCCUGCAUGCUCUGCCUCCUUAACAGACGCAUCUGAAGUCAAAAUAGCACUGCUGUCUAGCAAUAGCAAUCGUUUUAAUGCUGUUGGUGAAACUUCUGGUUCUGACCAAAGUGAUGGUGAUAGAGAAAUUGAAAUGGCAUCGAGAAAACCCACUGUCUUGGCACCAUUAGACCUCAACAAUGUGGCCGAAGAUGGACUAGAAGAAUCUAUUCAAAGCUCAAGGAGUGCUAUAUCUCCAGUUCAAGAAGAUCCAAAAGCAAAUUUACUGCUCACCCCUUCUAACCAGAAAGACAGAAGUGUUGACCAUCAGACUUACUGCUCAGUUUGCUUGGUUCCUGUAUCAAAGAACAACAUGAGUGACCAUUCAAAAGGAAAGAAACAUCUUCAAAAGUAUAAAGCACUGCUUGCUACUGAGAGCAAAAGCACCACUGCUUCUGGUGAAAUUUUCAACUCUGGUCAGGAAAACAGUAGUAAAGUUCCAUUACACAGUCUUAAUAAAUCUUCUGGGACCUUUCCAAAGACUUUGGACCAGAGUGAUGGUAGUGGAAAAAUCGAAAUAGCAUUAAGAAAACCCACUGUCUUAGCACUAACGGACCUCAAUAAUGUAGCCGAAGAUAGACCAGAAAAUAUAUUCAAAGAUCAAGGGGUGCUAUAUCUCCAGUUCAAGAAGAUCAGAAAGCAAAUUUACUGCUACCCCCUGCUAACCAGAGUGCCCGAAUUGUUGACCACCUGACUUACUGCUCAGUUUGUUUGGUUCCUGUAUCAAUGAAACUAAUGAGUAUCCAUUCAAAAGGAAAGAAACAUCUCAAAAAGUAUAAAGCGCUGCUUGCUACUGACAGCAAAAGCACCACUACUUCUGGGGAAAUUUUAAACUCUGGUAAGAAAAACAAUAGUAAAGUUCCAUUACACAGUCUUAAUACUUA